AUGGCAAACCAAAACUACGAUGUCGCAAAAGGACUCAAUUCACCCGAAAUACGAUCGAACACCAACAUACCGUACGUCGACGAAUUUGUUGAACUGGAACAUAUUAGAGCUGACGAGACAAUCCCUCCGAAACGCAAUCGGGAUGUAGAAAAAGGAAAAAUAGAAGAAAAAAAACUUCAUGCAUCAGACUUAGGUGCAGUUCAUUCCCCCAAUAAAGAUACUAUUAUUGUUGAUACUCCCGAAGGAACCCUAUACAUAACUUUAGAUCCAGACUCUUCUAAGUCAUCUAAACCAACUAGUCCAAGUACACAGUCUACUGAUGUAUCCGACUUCUCACCUACAACAUCAAAGGCAAUCGGCGCGCGAGAGUCAGAUAAUUUAAUAACAGUAGAGAAGGAGAAGGAAAUGGAACAAAGGAGAGCUAGUUUGAGACGGAAUUCUAUAUCGAUGCCAACUCUUCCAAAUUUGGAGUUGUUAAGACAAGGAUAUAUGAGAAAUACGCAAGAUCAGAUACCUGAACACCAUCAGAGCUCAGCGUCAGUAUUCAGCGAUGGCGAUAAUCAGACAGACGAACAAAAUGUUAUUUCCGACGAAGAACGCGCCAAAGUACCGCUUAGAUCACCUCGUCGAAAGUCUACAGCGCCGCGACGGUUCAGAUCGGAGUUCAGCAUGGAAGAUGAAGACUACUCGCCCAGUAAUUCUGUUACGAGUGUCAAUUCUCUGGCCAGUUUGUUAAAGGAGAAGUUACAGAGCAUUCCCCAAAAGAUAAGAAAGAAGCCCACAGAUUACAAAUUACGCGCGUUCGUUAGCCUAAUGUUCCUGGCCGUCGUUUUCUUCGUCGGCUUCGCAUAUGUUCUAUACCACCAACAGGCACUCACUAAGGCGUACUUCGAUAGCGUACAGUUCAACGAGCCCAAACGACUUAUUAGAAUUUUUAAUAAGGAUGAUGUUGAAAUUUUAAAGGCCAGCUUAGCUGUUGGUAUUGGAGAUAAACAAAAAGCAUUUCCUUGUUUACCGGAACAUCGACUAUCGGAUGGAUCAGAAUGCUUGGAAUGGCUUCACAACCUCCGUUUCUACCUCAAGUGUCUGCCGCACGACCCUGGAGUUGAUAACACUACUUGUUAUUCAAUUCAUUGGAAGGCUUUGAGAUCAGAUAUUACACCGAACGAUUGUUUCGACUGGAGUGAUACGAAAGUCCAUUGGUUUGGAGCUGGUCAAUCACAUAAUCUGACAUGGCCGUUAAAUACUGGAACCAUAGACUACACGCCAUUUAUUACAGGCGAUAUGCAGAAAUCUCAAUGGGGCAAUGUAUUAACUAGAUAUCUGAUAAACUCUAAAGGAGCAGCUAUCAUUAUAGAUGAUGAAACACCAUUAUAUAUUUCUGUAAAUAAAGGGAAAAAAGAAAUUUGUUUGAAGGCUAAAUACGAUGAAUUUGCUUUUGCUAAUAAAUUAACUGAAUUUCCAGAAAUGAAAUAUAACAUUUGUACAUCUAAAGAUAUGAAAUCGUUACAUUCAUCAAUACAUAGUCAUAGACGAGCUCCUUUAUGGGAUGGAUUAAAGCCAGCUGAUAUGAAUACCUUAGAGUCUCUUAUAUCAGAGCCAGUAUGGCAAAUAGUACCACGAUUUAAGCAUGAAUUGCAAGAUGAGACCAUAUCUAGAUACACAGAAGACGUUAUCGAUCUAGGUUUUCUCAAACAAGGCCACGUAUUGAUUAAUGAAUUUUGGCAAUAUGAAAUAGGUGAUCUCACUGUCGAUAAGAGUCGAUUCGCAACUUUGAACGUUACUGUAGAUAAACUUCACAGACGAGGUUUUAAAGUAGCAUUUACAAUUCAGCCAUUUAUAAGUACAGAAAGUGUUAAUUUUGUUGAAACAGUACAAAAAAGAUUACUAAUUAGUGAGAGAAAUAGUGAUAGAAGAAUACCAGCCUUAACUAGGUUUAAAUCAUUAGCAAGUGCUGGAGUUUUAGACAUUACAAACGAUAGAUCUGUACCGUGGUUACAAAAGAAACUCCAAGCUGUGAUCGAUGAAUAUCAUAUAGAUUCGUUUUACUUUGAUCUCGGUACUGCGUACGAUAUGCCACAUUAUUAUAGAUGUGAAAAGCAAUUGGUAAACCCGGACCAGUAUAAGACUAUUUUCACCAAAACCUUUGAGAAAGCACUUAAUAUUAUCGGAGUAUCAUCAGCUAUUAGUUUGCCGCGACCGCCAAUAUUUGUUUCACUGCCUCCAUUUGAAUCUACGUGGGAAGCACUAAGAUUGGUCAUUCCAACGAUGUUGACUUACGGGGUUAAUGGGUUUCCGUUCACAAUGCCAGGAGCUGUAGGAGGUGAUAUAUACUGGCCAGGAAGUGAACAGUUUUUACCUUCUUCUAAAGGAUCAAUAGAAUCAAGUUCGAAUACUACACAAGAAAAUGGUAUUGCGUUACCUGAAAGAGAGCUGUAUAUGAGAUGGCUGCAAAUGGCUACGUUCUUGCCUGUUAUGAAGUUUACUCAUCUGCCAAGCAAGUACAACGACGAGCGUGUUCUUGAAAUGGCUAAAAAUUUAACUCUGUUAAGACAGAAAUUAGUCACACCAUUAUUGUUAAAAUAUAAAAGAGAAGCUUUAGAAGAAGGACUGCCCCUGAUCAGACCACUCUGGCUAGUAGCUGAUGGAGAUGCGCCCUUGUUAGUGCAGGAUGAAUUUUCAAUAGGCGAUGAGAUUGUUGUGGCUCCAGUAUUAAAUAAGGGAGAGACUAUGAGAGAAGUUUACCUCCCAGCGGGUUUAUGGCAAGACGGCAUAGACGGCUCACUUCGGAAAGGCAACAGGUGGAUGCAUGAAUACAAAGUUCCUACAGACCGCGUCGCUUAUUUCCUUAGAAAACCUGAUGACUUGCGAUUCAAA